ACUUCCUUUUUAUCUCAUUCUCUCAGCUUGAAAGCUUUAUAAAUACUCCCAAUUUCCUCCCUAGCUAAUUCAUUCAAUGUUGCUUUUCGCUUCAAACCAUAAGCAUCCAUUGUAGUCAUCAUCAUCAAGAGAUCAACAAACAAUCAUGGCAUUGUGGCAUUUUACCUUGGUCUUUCUUUUCUCCUAUAUAUUAGGUGUAGAAUCAGCUCGUUUCACCUUGCAAAACAACUGCCAAAAUGCAAUAUGGGCAGGGACCUUAUCUGGCUCAGGGAAACCCUUGCUAGUGAAUGGUGGAUUACAGCUGAACUCUAAUGAAGCCGUCCCAGUUGAUGCACCGGCUGCUUGGUCCGGCCGAUUUUGGGGCCGCACUGGAUGCACCUUCGAUGAAUCAGGCAAGGGAAAUUGCGCCACUGGAGACUGCGGUGGUGUCUUACAAUGUAAUGGCGCAGGUGGUGCACCGCCUGCCUCCUUGGCGGAAUUCACUCUUGACAGCCCUGUAGAUUUCUACGACGUAAGCCUUGUGGAUGGAUACAACAUUCCAAUCUCAAUAACCCCCUCGGUAAAUAAUUGUACAGAGGUAAAAUGCACCUCCGAUUUGAACAAAAUAUGUCCGAAAGAACUACAACUCGAAUCCAACAGCGUUGUGGUCGGGUGUAAGAGUGCAUGCCUUGCGUUUAACAAGCCGGAAUAUUGUUGCUCGGGAGAGUACAACAAUCCGAACAUAUGCAAACCAACAGACUAUUCUCAAGUGUUUAAAACUGCUUGUCCGAAGGCUUAUAGCUAUCCUUAUGAUGAUGCAACCAGUACCUUUACAUGCAGUGGAGCUAAUUACAUCAUAACCUUUUGUUGAGCCAAUUUGAAAUAGCACCCUUUGGCCUACGAAAACAUGUAUAAAUAUGUGAAGCGGUAGAAAUUUAUGUAAGCCAGAAAUUGCAAUUAUUGUAUUUGUCUAUAAAUGUCACAUAAUUACCGAUUUCAAAAAAGGAGCAAAUUUCUAUAAUUAGUGUUUUCC